GCGUAACGGUUGUAAUGUGAAUUCUUUUACCAAAGUGUAUAGCUAAAAAGAAACGACAUUCUGUGUAAAAAUAUUGGUUCUGAAUAGUUAUUAUGCUUGCAAACGGCUCGUGGAUGGAGUUAAUACGUAAUUGGUUCUUUCCUAUGAAAGUCGAUUAUAACAGGAAUGAAGUUUUGGGAGCUGGCGCUUCUGCUCAAGUUUUCGCAGGCACUUAUAAUGGAAAAAAAGUUGCUGUUAAGAGAAUUAUGAAAACUGGGGGUAGCAAUUUGAACGAAGCUGAUCGGAAAAAGGAAGAGGAAACCAUGAAAAAGCUGGAUCAUCCUAACGUUCUUCAACUCUUCGACGUUCACGAUGACGUCGAUUUCAAGUAUCUGAUUUUGGAAUUGUGCGUCGGUACACUGCACGAUUACGUCAAUGGAACCUAUAAUGGCGGAAUGCCUUCCGAGAUCGACGGAAUGAUACAAAUGGCUAGCGGAUUGAAAUACAUUCAUUCCAAGCAUUUUGUCCAUCGAGAUAUCAAACCAGCCAACGUAUUGAUUUCUAGUUCGUUAGUUCUGAAAAUUUCGGAUUUUGGAUUCAGCCGGGCAGUUACAGCAACUUCCGGAACUUUUUCUAUGUCCAGCGGGCCCAAAGGUACACGAGCCUAUUACUCCCCUGAAUUCCUUUCGUUCGAAGAGAAAACCAAAGAACAAAAAGAGCAAAUCCGCGUUAACGUCUCGAUCGAUGUUUUUUCACUGGGAUGUCUCUAUUUCAAUUACCUUACAAAAGGCGGUCAUCCGUUUGCCGAUGGUGGGAUUCCCAAUGAAGAUCUCACUCCUGCUAAUAUUCAUAAAGGCGAAAAGAUCCUCAAUGGCGAGAAAGGUUUACCUGAGAAUCAUUAUGCAUACGUCUUUAUUGACGGGAUGACUGAAAAAGUUCCGGAUAAUCGUUGGAAAUUAGACCGAGUUCUAAACACUCUAUAUGACGUUAAAAGAACAGCAUAAAUUCAAUGAUAAACACAUUUUUAAAAUGCGGAUUGCUAGAAGAGCUAGAAGACUGGAAGCCAACAGGACAUCCGCAUCGCAAUACACGAAAUGACAGUACA